UCUCUCUCACUAGAAACGCCCCACCCCUUCCCGAACUUCCCUUCUUCUCCUCCUUCUCCUCCGUCUUCAUCUCGACGUUGUAAUCUCUCUCUCUUGUCUCUCUCUCUCUCUCUUUCUCUCUCUACCCAAUUGUCAGCACCUCUCAAUUGAUAUCUGCGUUAUCUGCCGACCUCGCAGGUUUCAGUAGUAAUUUCCCCGCUGAAAACCGGGGGGAAAUUCCGAACCCGCACCGCUCGAGAUUCUGCAGAGGCGACCGGGUGGGGGGGAAAACGAUUCGAGAUCUUUGAAGCCCUUUUGAUCGGUGGGAGGCUCUCUUUCGUUCUGGGUCGUCGUUACUCGCUCCUCUGCCGUUAGGGUUUUACCUUUUUUGUUGGGGGAAAAGGGAGGGAGGAGAAGAACCGGCGGCGGCGGCAAGAUCAAUUGUAUUCAGUUGCUUAGUCGUAGGAAAGCAAUCGCGGGUUUAUUAAUUACCCUGUUGGGGGAUUUCCCUUCUUGUGGGUUUCUUUUGAAAGUUGCAAAUUUUGUUUCUUUUUUGUAGCUUCGGGCUCAAUUUCUAAGUGGAUUCUUCCUCCACGCUCUGUACAGUGACGACUCGUUCAUUGCGAUUAUCUUUUUUCUUGCUUGUUAAGUUCCUUUUGAUUUUCUAGUAGGGAAAUUGGUAAUAUACUUUAAAUUGUGCUAACAUUUCCCUGCCACUCCGUGAAAGAAACUCUGAACAAAGAAAGAAAGAAGGAAAGGAACAAAAAAAAUUAAAGAGGAAAAAGAACACCAAAAAAAAAAAAAAAGUGAGUAUUUGAGGGGAAAAAAGAUUUUGUACCCAAUUUCUAAAUGGGGAGUCCCUUAUUAAGCAAUCGUAGUGGUGGCCAGCGCUUGGGGAUCACAGAACCCAUUUCUUUGAGUGGACCAACAGAGUAUGAUGUGAUAAAGACCUGCGAACUCGAAAAGUAUUUGCAAGAUGCUGGAUUGUAUGAAAGUCAAGCGGAGGCUGUGAGAAGAGAGGAAGUGCUUGGCAGGCUGGACCAGAUUGUGAAGAUAUGGGUCAAAUCAAUAAGCCGUGCAAAGGGGUUGAAUGAGCAACUGGUUCAAGAAGCAAAUGCAAAAAUAUUCACAUUUGGUUCUUAUCGGCUUGGGGUGCAUGGCCCUGGUGCAGAUAUAGAUACACUAUGCGUGGGACCUAGACAUGCAACAAGAGAAGAAGAUUUCUUUGGUGAGCUACAGAGAAUGCUGUCUGAAAUGAGUGAAGUCUCAGAACUGCGCCCUGUACCUGACGCUUACGUUCCUGUGAUGGGCUUCAAAUUUAAUGGCGUUUCAAUUGAUCUUCUAUAUGCGAAGUUGUCUCUUUGGGUUAUCCCUGAAGACUUGGAUAUUUCGCAAGAUUCAAUUUUACAGAAUGCAGAUGACCAGACAGUUCGUAGUCUUAAUGGAUGUAGAGUGACUGACCAGAUUCUGCGACUGGUUCCUAAUAUACAGAAUUUCCGUACGACAUUGAGAUGCAUGAAGUUUUGGGCGAAGCGCCGUGGAGUCUAUUCCAAUGUUGCAGGAUUUCUUGGCGGUGUAAAUUGGGCUCUGCUUGUUGCUCGUAUAUGCCAGCUAUAUCCUAAUGCUUUACCCAAUAUGCUGGUCUCCCGUUUCUUCAGGGUCUAUACACAGUGGCGUUGGCCAAACCCUGUCAUGCUGUGUAAUAUUGAAGAAGGAUCUCUUGGGCUGCAGAUCUGGGAUCCUAGAAGAAAUCCAAAGGACAGGUUCCAUUUGAUGCCGAUAAUAACUCCUGCAUACCCUUGCAUGAAUUCUAGCUACAAUGUCUCUGCAAGUACUCUGCAAAUUAUGUCAGAAGAGUUUCAAAGGGGGAGUGAUGUAUGUGAGGCUAUGGAGGCUGGCAAGGUUGAGUGGGAUACACUCUUUGAGCCUUUUGGCUUUUUUGAAGCAUACAAGAAUUAUCUGCAGAUAGAUAUCUCUGCAGAAAAUGCCGAUGAUUUAAGAAAGUGGAAAGGUUGGGUUGAGUCUCGCUUACGUCAGCUCACAUUGAAGAUUGAGAGGCACACUUAUAACAUGCUUCAGUGCCAUCCCCACCCUGGUGAUUUUUCAGACAAGUCCAGACCUUUUCAUCACUGUUUUUUUAUGGGUCUGCAACGAAAACAGGGGGUUCCAGUGAAUGAAGGUGAACAGUUUGACAUUAGGGUAACUGUUGAGGAAUUUAAGCAAGCUGUCAAUUUGUACACAUCAUGGAAGCCUGGGAUGGAGAUUUAUGUAAGUCAUGUACGGCGGAAGAAUAUCCCUGACUUCGUCUUUCCUGGUGGUGCUCGACCUCCUCGUCCGUCAAAAGCUACUUGGGAUUCUAGGCGGGCUGCGGAAUUGAAAGCUGCUAGUAGUAGUCAAGUAGAUAAAUCUUCUGAAGGACAGGGUACUCCUGAUGAAAAGGAUGAUGGAAGGAAAAGAAAGCGAGAGGAGGAGGUAGAGUCAAACUUAAAAAGUGUGAAAGUUGUGGCUGCUUUACCUUCAUCCACUGGAGAAGCUCAAGAAAGUGCCCUUGCUUCUGAUGCAACUAAUGGAGCUGGGGAUAUAGGGCAUGAUGUGGUUCAAAAUCACAUAACUGGUACUGGUGGCUCUGCCUAUGGAAAACCUUCGGGUUCUGUUGCUGAUGAGUCAAAUUCGAGGGAAGCAGAGAACAUAGCAAUUGAAAAGAUCACAUCUGUACCAUAUGUUGGUCACCAAGAUUUUUCCCAAGAACUUGAUGAACUUGAAGAUGAUGUCCAACAGAAAGACAAAUAUGAAGAUACGGCUAAAGGUGGGAAAAGCCCUCCAAUGGUGUCUUUGACAUCAAAUGCGUCAUCAACGUCAGUAACGUCUAGCAAUGGAAUGAGUACCUCAGUUAGUUUCUACACUAGUGGAGAUUUAGAGGAGCUCGAGAUAUUGCCUGUAUCUUAUAUUUUCUGUUUCCUGCCCAAGCCUGCUGAACUUAUGGCACCACCACCUAUUGUGAAUCCCCCAGCGCCUCCAACACAACGGAAACCGCUCAUUAGAUUGAGCUUAACUUCCCUGGGAAAAGCUACGGGAAAAGGCACUUGAAGAGUUCGAGCACAACUAGACAAAGCUUGCAUGGUUAAGCGGCUCGAACCGUCACUCAGACAAAAGCUGCACCGAUUCCAGAUCUUUGGCUUAGCCUUUGUGUAAAAAACAAACUGAAAAUUUUGUUCCCUUGUAUUCCUCUAUAAUUUAAAGAGCUCAUAAUUUGUCGAAAGCCUCUCUAGAAUAAUUGACUUAUAUCGUGUACAUCGAUUUGUGACUUCCUCCUGAGGACCUUUAUUUUUCAUAUCAUAAUGGAGAAGGAGAUUAUUAAUGCC